GGCGGGCGCUGACCUCCGGCGGCUCACUGGCGCGGCCCGGGGACGAGCGGCGCCUUCCCCGCGAGGACGAAAUGGGGUUCGUCUUCUCCAAGUCCAUGAACGAAAACCUGAAAGCUCAGCAGGAGUUUAUGCUCAUGAACUCGCGGCUGCAGCUGGAAAGGCAACUACUGAUGCAGAAUCAGAUGAGAGAGCGACAAACAGCCAUGCAGAUUGCCUGGACACGGGAAUUUCUUAAAUACUUUGGGACAUUCUUUGGACUUGCUGCCAUAGGUUUAACAGCGGGAGCAAUAAAAAAGAAGAACCCAGGAGUUUUACUGCCAAUAGUUCCCUUAAGCUUUAUAUUUGCCUAUCAGUAUGAUAUGGGCUAUGGGACACUGUUGCAAAGGAUAAAAGGUGAAGCAGAAAACAUAUUGGACACCCAGAGCGCUUUGCUGGAACCACCAAAGGGAUCACUCACUUUUGAAGACCUGGAAAAAAUCAGAAGAUCUCAGAGCAAGUUCUUCAUAGAAAAAUAGGAGGAUGGUGUUGAAGCUUAGUAUCUGAGUUGUAAUUGUAAUGGUGUUUUGGGACUUAGGUGAAUCAUUAAAAUAUUGAGAAAAUUAAAUGUUUUUAUAAGUGAAAAGUAAAUCUUUUUUAAAAAAUCAGUACAUUCUAAAGCAAUGAUUUUCACACUGGAUGUGUCUCCCGAAAAUAUCUGUUGUUAUGGCAGGAUAUUUUUAUUGUUUAGAGUGAAAUACUGAAUUUCCAGUGUCUAUUGAGUCUGAAAAUAACUUUCACCUGUAGUAAAAAUGUGUGGUGCUGACCAAACUGACUAUAAUUGACAAAAAUAAGUUAAUGGGUAGUUACAAAUUUAUAGAAAUAUGAUUAUAAUUUUCAAACAUAUUUGAAGAUCAAUUUGAAGUCAGGAAUAGACAGUCAACUUCUUUGAAAAACAAGACACUUUUUAGUUGCUGUUCUUUAGGCAGUGAACUCACCAUCUAUGCUUCAAAUUCUGGAAUAAACAGCUUUUAUCAGAAGUAGGUUCAGAAAUAAACACGUCACUCACUAACUGUGUGUUUUACUCUUAUGAAAAACUGUAUUAAAGUAUAAGCAGAGAUAAUUUCUGAAAAAGAGAAAACAAAUUAUGUAGCUAUUUCCUGAAUCUUUUUCAUGCUUGUUUGACAUACUGAAACUCAGGAUAAUUUGUUUACAUGAAAUCAGAGUUUCACUACUAAGAUGAAUAUUAACAUAGACUAGCAGCAAGCAAAACUAUUAAUGUAUGUUUUUGUAAUGGGUACAUCCAAGGGGCCUUACAAGUACUGAAAAACUGAGAGAGUUUUGCAUGCCUUUACUGUAGCAUGAAAUAUACUGAGAGAGAAUAUGAUUUUAGUGUAUGUUAGUAUUCUGAUGUUAUACUUGGUAAAAAAUGCAACUUUCUGUAUUGGAAAUCAUGUUUAAAAAUGGAUUUUACUGUGUGUUUUGGAUGGAAACUCUUCUAGCAUUAAUCUAAUUGUGGGGAUUAAAACAAAUGCCCAAAAAGUAUCCAGUAAAGAAUUAAGCCAAA